AUGUAUUAAAUAUUAAUAUUCUUGGUUAUAGGCUUUUCAAAGAAAUUAGUUGAAGAAAAAUUCACACUUAUAGAUUUAAAAUAUGAAUACUUAUUCUAAUAAAAUCAUGGAUAUGUCAUAUAAGUAACAAAAUUAAGCUAUUAAGUUAAUUAGUUUGAAAUUAUUCAGUUUCCACUAAACAAAAAUUAUUUCCCUACUUUUGAAAUAGUUGAUAAAAACAUUUCAAUAUAAACUUCAAGUUAUGAGUCUUAUGCUUAAAAAUAACAUAUUCGCAAAUUGUGGUUAAGUUAAAGGGAAAUAGAUCAAAACCUAACUAUCUCUAUAUAUUCUAAAAUGGAGAAUGUUUACAAGAAUAUUACUGAAGCAGACACCAAAAUGAGUUUCAAGUUUGAUAAGUAUUAGAUUGAGUAAUAGAAAGAACCAACAUGUAAAUUCCCAGCUUAUGGUUUGAACUGUGAUCAAUCUGUAAAUUACAUAGAUGUAGAUUUGCUGGUUCAAAUUAACUUGAAUAAAUAGAGUUGGUUUUUUGCAUAUUAUCAAUUGUCAAAUUUGGAUUACAUUUUGAAAAUAUCGAAUUCCAAUUCUUAGAUGGGCAUCUCACUUCUAUCUGGUGUUUAUGAAGCAUUUAUUUAAUAGCCUAACUUUUUUCAAGGCUAUUAAUUAAUAGAUAGAAAAGAAAAUGUAAAUAUUAAUCUAAAGAACUACUUUUCAAAUAUAAAGGAUUCGAAUGAAUUCAUAAUUUAUAUUGGAGUGUUUAAUGAGAAUAUAGAAAGAGAACAUAGUUUGAUACUGGAAUUAAAUCAAAUAGAAAUUAAUGAAUUUCCGUUGUGGGCAAUAUUAAUCAUAUGUGCAGUUAUUUUAUCAGGUAUAAUAGUUUCAAUUCUAAUUUAUUAUUCAUAUAAAAAGCAAUACAAAAAGAUUACAUACGUCAAGCCUGUGUUGGAAGUUGCACAUUUGAACAAAUUUAUGCCAGCAUAGAAAAUGUUAGAAGAAUAUUUAACAAAGGAAUGCUCUAUUUGUUUGUUGUAAUUUGAGAAGAAAGAGAAGUUUAGAAUAACUCCUUGCAAUCAUAUCUUUCAUGAUCAGUGCUUAUAAGAUUGGACUAAAAAGAAUAGUUAAUGUCCAAUAUGCAGAUAAGGACUAAAAGAAGAAGAAAUACAAUAAUUUUUUGCUAAAAUUCACAGUAACAAUAAUGAAUCUUAAAGUGAAAUAAAUAAGAAACCUUCUGUUUAAUUCAUCCCAUUAACAAACUCAGAUUUAACAUAUUAGACUGGAAACAAAUCUGACAAUUCCCCAUCCAAUAAUUUAUGCAUGAGCAAUUCUGGUAGGCAACUGAGUAUCUAAAUUAUGCGUGAUGAGAUAUUGGAAUGA